UGGCAAUGAUAAUGGCACUGCUGAUGGUGAUGAUGAUAAUGACGAUGAUGAUAAUGAUGACCAUGAUGAGGCAGGCGAGGAAGCUAAGGUAGAGGUGAAAGUGGUAGAAGAGGAGGAAGAAGAAGAGCAGGAAGAUGAUGAGGAGGAGUAUGACAGCAAAGCAGUGGAGGAUCCUACAGAUGAGGACAGCUCAGCAUCCUUCCUUCAUUCACUUUCAGAGACAUCAAUCAAUGAGGGAUUGGAUGAAUCCUUCUGUUUCCAAGAUGAUACCGAUGACUCAUUAGAUUCUGCCUCCUAUAAUGGGGAGGAAGAUGAACGUCUGUACAGCACUGAGAAGCAUGCACAAUCACUAGAGCCUACAUCAAUGGAUGCACUUGAUCCAACUGAAAUCCAAUCAGAACCUGAACAGGGAGCUACCAUGGGAAUAGGUCAAACUGAACCUUUGCACACACAAUUGAGCACAGACAAAUUAGUGGAUCACCCUAAAACCACCUGUCUUUCUGAAGACAUUGGUGACCACCCCAAAGACAACAGUAUAGAACCCAAAUUUCUGGAUGCACCUAAACCCCCUGAACCGCAAUCAGACCCUGAACUGGAAUCUGACAGUGAAAUAGGUCAGACAAAUCCUUUGCACACACAAGUGAGCACAGCAGGACCAGUGGAUCACCAGAAACUGUCUUGUCAUUCAGAAGCAAUUUCCUCUCAUCCAGAGUCCUUCAGCAACCUGAAUGAGAGUGGGAGUGAGAGUGAGAUCAUGGAUAUCUCUGCCUCUUCUAACCCUCCUGAGCAGCCUAAAGACAGCCCUCAAUUUAGCCCUUGUCCUACUCCUGUUGUUGUUGGAAUAGGUCAAACUGAACCUUUGCACACACAACCGAGCACAGACAAAUUAGUGGAUCACCCUCAAACCACCUGUCUUUCUGAAGACAUUGCUGCCCACCCCAAAGACAACAAUAUAGAACCCAAAUCUCUGGAUGCACCUAAACCCCCUGAACCCCAAUCAGACCCUGAACUGGAAACUGACAGUGGAAUAGGUCAGACAAAUCCUUUGCACAUGCAAGUGAGCACAGCAGAACUAGUGGAUCACCAGAAACUGUCCUGUCAUUCAGAAACAAUUUCUCCUCAUCCAGAGUCCUCCAGCAACCUGAAUGAGAGUGGGAGUGAGAGUGAGAUGAUGGAUAUCUCUGCCUCAUCUAACCCGCUUGAGCAGCCUAAAGACAGCCCUCAUUUUAGCCCUUGUCCUACUCCUGUUGUUGUUGGAAUAGGUCAAACUGAACCUUUACACACACAAUUGAGCACAGACAAAUUAGUGGAUCAUCCUCAAACCAGCUGUCUUUCUGAAGACAUUGCUGCCCACCCCAAAGACAACAAUAUAGAACCCAAAUCUCUGGAUGCACCUAAACCCCCUGAACCCCAAUCAGACCCUGAACUGGAAACUGCCAGUGGAAUAGGUCAGACAAAUCCUUUCCACACACAAGUGAGUGCAGCAGAACCAGAGGAUCACCAGAAACUGUCCUGUCAUUCAGAAGUAAUUUGUCCUCCUCCAGAGUCCUCCAGCAAUCUGAAUGAGAGUGAGAAUGAGAGUGAGAGUGAGAUGAUGGAUAUCUCUGCCUCUUCAAACCCUCUUGAGCAGCCUAAAGACAGCCCUCAUUUUAGCCCUUGUCCUACUCCUGUUGUUGGAAUAGGUCAAACUGAACUUUUGCACACACAACUGAGCACAGAAAAAUUAGUGGAUCCCCCUAAAACCACAUGCCUUUCUGAAGACCCUGAACCGGAAUCAGCCAAUGGAAUAGGUCAGAUAAAUCCUUUGCACACGCAAGUGAGCACAGCAGAACCAGUGGAUCACCAGAAACUGUCCUGUCAUUCAGAAGCAAUUUCUCCUCAUCCAGAGUCCUCCAGCAACCUGAGUGAGAGUGAGAGUGAGAGUGAGAUGGUGGAUAUCUCUGCCUCUUCUAACCCUCUGGAGCAGCCUGAGCAGCCUAAAGACAGCCCUAAUUUUAGCCCUUGUCCCACUCCUGUUGUUGUUGAAAUAGGUCAAAAUGAACCUUUGCACACACAACUGAGCACAGACAAAUUAGUGGAUCACCCUAAAACCACCUGUCUUUCUGAAGCCAUUGAUGACCACCCCAAAAACAUCGAUAUAGAACCAAAAUCUCUGGAUGCACCUAAACCCCCUGAACCCCAAUCAGAUCCUGAACUGGAAUCUGCCAGUGGAAUAGGUCAGACAAAUCCUUUGCACACACAAGUAAGCACAGCAGAACCAGUGGAUCACCAGAAACUGUCUUGUCAUUCAGAAGCAAUUUCUUGUCAACCAGAGUCCUCCAGCAACCUGAGUGAGAGUGGGAGUGAGAGUGAGAUGAUGGAUAUCUCUGCCUCUUCUAACCCUCUGGAGCAGCCUAAAGACAGCCUUCAUUUUAGCCCUAGUCCCACUCCUGUUGUUGAAAUAGGUCAAACUGAACCUUUGCACACACAACUGAGCACAGACAAAUUAGUGGAUCACCCUCAAACCACCUGUCUUUCUGAAGACAUUGCUGCCCACCCCGAAGACAAUGAUAUAGAACCCAAAUCUCUGGAUGCACCUAAAUCCCCUGAACCCCAAUCAGACCCUGAACUGGAAUCUGACAGUGGCAUAGGUCAGACAAAUCUUUUGCACACACAAGUGAGCACAGCAGAACCAGUGGAUCACCAAAAACUGUCCUGUCAUUCAGAAGCAAUUUCUUGUCAACCAGAGUCUUCAAGCAACCUGAAUGAGAGUGGGAGUGAGAGUGAGAUAAUGGAUAUCUCUGGCUCUUCUAACCCUCCUGAGCAGCCUAAAGACAGCCCUCAUCUUAGCCCUUGUCCCACUCCUGUUGUUAUUUGUGCUCUGCCUGAUCCUGCUGCUGAGUUCCACACCUGUCCUCCUUCUGCAACUUCCACAAAGGACACUACAGACCUUAGUGGUUCAGAUCUUCCAGAGGAAUUGGCUGAGGAAAAUAUCCAGCUGAAAGAUGUUGAUUUGGAACAGAGCAAUGAUUAUUCAGGUGAGGAAUCUGAACAUGAACCAGAAAGAGACUCUUUCAAAUUGCUCAUCAAGCCCCGUCAUUAUCAACCAGGAAGCCAUGGGACUGCAGGAGCAAGUAGACUUGUAUUACCAAAGUCCUUCUCCAAUAAAUCUGAUGUGCCUGGAGGGGCAGAGGCCAUGUGUAGGUCCAGUAUUCACGGGGAGUCUGACAUUGAGCUUGACCAAAAGAAUGGAAAUGCCUUGGCUGAACCUAUGAGUGUGGAGUGUAGAAGCACUGAUCUUGGUUCUUCUCUGAAUAUGGGGAUCACCACUGCCACAAAUGACUUAAAUAAAGGUGUUCCUCUUCUCUCCUGUCCGAAAGACCCUUGUCCCAACCCCAGUAAUAUCCCAGUUUCAACUGCUUCAGGACUUGCUGACAACCUGUCAGCCCUGACCCCUGAACACUGCCCUGGUGACUCUGCCCAAGAGAACCUGAGGGAAAAUACCCUGACUACUGAUGAGGGGGUGCUGGGAGCUGUUGGAUCCCCACACUCCCCUCUGGCCAUCUCACCCAAAAGGGAAAAUUCAGAAACAGACACAAGCAGGGAAACUGGUCCUGGAGCUGGGGCAUGGUGUGAUGACAGGUUGGGGCUAGGGUUAGGUUUAGGAUUAGGGUCGGGGUCUGAAUUUGGAGUCUGGGGAGCAGGGGAGUCUCUUUCACUGUCUCUGGGGAAGAGGUAUGAAUUAGAGGCAGAGAGUCUGCUCAUGUGUGACACACAGGGCCAAAGCACACAGACUGUUGUGGUUCCCAAUAUGAGCAGUGAAGUAUACAAAAAUUAUGACAAUGUUCUGGGUUCUGUUCUGGAUGAGGAAGAUAACAACAGUCUGUGUGGAAAGAGAGACCAAAUGGCGGAUGAGGAAUUGGUAGGAGAGGGAGCUUCUGAGUCCAACUUGGCCCGUUGGAAGUCCAUUGAGGAGAUCUCAGAAGCAGGGGGAGGAGAAGAUGGAAGCUCCAGAUUCCCGGAGGACGAUGUCAGUAAUCUAAAUCCAGACAAUGAUGGCCAUAACACAGACACACAAAUACAAGACACUUGGAAUAAUUCUAACAAUAACAAUGACACUGCCUUUGACUCCUUAGAGUCCAUGAGUGGAAGUCUGAAUGCUCUAUCAGAGGAAGUGAGACCCCAGAGUGUGAGUGUCAGUGUCAGAGACUCUGUGUCUAAUAUUCCACUUGAAGAGAUGCCAUCUCGGGUUUCAGACACAAUUCCUGAUGAAGAGCAAGAACCAAUGGGCAGCUCCUUAAACCAGCCAUUGGACACAACACAGACACCAUCCUCAAAGGAAGGUCUCUGUAGCUUCUCUGUGCCACUAGUUGAAACUCAUGUGGACAAAUCUAUUAGCAACCAACAUCUUGGUUCACCAGAUAAAGCCAAGUCAAGAUGUCAUACUAGUCCAGAGUGUCAGACAAUCACUCCAGAGAGUAAUACAGCAUUUUCUUUGCUACAUGGAUCCUUUGGUUCAUUUACUCCUAAAUGUAAAUCUAAUGAAUCCAGAUCAAGUAGAGUUCAUCAAGACAAGGUGGAAAAUACUGGUUCCCAGUCAGAACCAGAGAUGGUGGUGGAGCCUCAGAUUGAAGGCCAAAGAAAAGGUGAUGCCAGUCCUGUGACUGACAAACUUGUUGAAGAACCAAAGACUAAAGAUGCCUUUACAGGACAGCAGUGUGUUGUUUAUAACUCAGGGGAAGAGGAUGAGGAAGAAAAAUCAGAAGAGAAAAUGAAAGAGAGAGGUGAACAGAAAGAUAAGAACAAAAAGGAAAGAAAAACCUCUCCUGCACAGAAUGCCCCAGAACACUCUGCGUGUCAGACCCCUAAGGGGGAGCUUUGCACAGAUAAACCAAAUGUUACUAAGAAAGGGAGGAGAGGGAAGCAGAACAAACGCAGGACAUCCCAGACAGGCAGUCAUGUUGACUCUAGCCCUGAAUCUGUCGAUGAUUCAAAGAAACCUUCUGUUCCAUUAAAUACCACAGCAGAUGGAUGGUCAAAGGGGAUCACAGAUGAUUCUAAAACUAUGACAGGACAAAAUUCAAACAAUAAAGCAUCAUCAACGGACUGUCAGAAAAGGACAUCUGGCAGAGACAACACUGAAUCCGGUUCGCAGAUGCAGGGGGAUAACAGUCUCAGUCCUGAUGUCAAAAGUCCCAGUCAUGGACACUGCAGUUCUACCGAGCAUUCCCCAGACAACCUCAAUGUUGUGGUGGCAAUGAAUCAAGAAUUACAUCAGAAACAGGGAGUGCUUGAUAACAGACAGGGGGUGCUUGAUAACAGACCGCUAUCUGGUCAGAGGGGAAUUGCAGUGGACAUUAAUGAUAACAACAUAGAUACUGGCCACAGCCCACCUACCCAGGACACCAUAUUAUACUCUUUCACUCCACUUUCUUCCUCAACAUCUCCUGUUUCCUCCUCCUCCCCUCUCCCUUGUGCUUCAACAGAGCCAGAAGAUGAUCUUCCCACACCUGUGCAGGAAUCCCAACCUGUCAUCUCCACCCAACAACAGUCUUCACUGUCUGUGUGCCACACCACCUCUACCCUUUGCUCCCCCUCACCUACAAGCCAACCAGCCCCUCUUACCCAAUUUCCUCCAAACAACAACCUCCAAGAGGUCACUGUUGCCCUUCCUACAUCAACUACAUCUGCCACAAGUGUCUCUUUGCCCUCAUCCUCCACUGCGGUGCCGCAUAGCCUCUCCCAGCCUACCCAGGAGUCAUCUUCACGUGGGUCUGGGGCUCCAGAUUCAGACUCCAUUUCUCUUCCCCAUACUCAGUCCUUGUCACAGUCUCAGCCUAAUGUCAACAUUGAGCCUCACAAACAAAUCAAGCAAGGUCGCUCAUGGAGCACACAAGACAGAUGCAGAGGUCCCAGUUUGGCUGAGGAGGAGACAGACAGUGAGGAUGAUGGUGGACUGCCUCGACGUGGUCACAGAUCCCAGCCUAGGGGAGUUGCAGGAAACAGAAAUGGAUCCAUGCAGAAAGAGUCUGGUCCAUCCAAUCAAAUGGAAAUCCAGCCUUUCUCUGCCCGCCAACUUACUGACAGACAGUCAGGCUGUCCAAUCAACCACAGCCACAAGAUUUCUGAAGAGAUUGACCUAUCCUUCAAAAACAAUUGUUCCAUAGUGGCCUCCUGUAAUGAGUCUGAGAGUGAGGGGUCAGUGCCUGAGCUAGAGGAACCGGAGCCACUGAGACCAUCAGAGCCGCAGUCAAUCUCCUCUGCAGAUGAAGGGCUGAACAGACCGAAACAGAGCCGUAGUGAGAAGAAGGCCCGCAAGGCCAUGUCUAAACUGGGUCUGAAGCCGGUCCAUGGUGUGACCAGAAUCACCAUUAGGAAGUCAAAGAGUAUCCUGUUUGUUAUCAGCAGACCAGAUGUAUUCAAAAGCCCUGCAUCAGACAUUUAUAUCGUAUUUGGAGAGGCAAAGAUUGAGGACCUAUCUCAGCAGGCUCACAAGGCAGCUGCCGAGAAAUUCAAGGUGCCUGUGACCUCUUCUCCUUUAGCCCCUCCUGUCCCACCCAGCCUCACCAUCAAGGAGGAAAGUGAGGAGGAGGAAGAAGAGAUGGACGAAGGAGGUCUUGAGCAGAGAGACAUUGAGCUAGUGAUGGCUCAGGCCAAUGUGUCACGAGCCAAGGCCGUCCGCGCACUGAAACACAACAAGAAUGACAUUGUGAAUGCUAUCAUGGAGCUGACCAUGUGAGUGAUGAGGACAAUUUGAAUCCUGACCCCCUCCUCCAGCCUAUAAAGCCUAAAUGCCACUGACUCUUCUGUAUCGCUGCUACUGUAUGUUGCAUCCCCAAUAUCUGCUAAAUAAAGUCUGUUACAACGUGA